AUAAAUAUUCCUGAGCGCUUUUACUCGAUAUUUAAAGCAUCUUGCGUAGAACUCUCGCACCGGGGCGACACCACUAUGGCUACAGUUGCGAAGUGACGUACCCCUAUGGACGUACGCUUGCGUCUCGGAUCGUGCGGAAUAAUGCACUGCAGCUAAGUCCAGCGCGCUGCAACUGAGUGCACAUCAAGUUAGGAAGCGUCAGUAGCGCUCGACAAAGCCGACGAGAGUUAAAGAUGUAGCGCCUCCGAGCGAGGAUUUUGAUAAAGAGUAACUACGUGGACGUCGUCUUGCCAGUUUCAGUUUUGCCAUAGCAAACGCCUGCCGAUCACACGCAUCCGAUGGAAACGUUUGCCUACGCGACCUACCUCCAACACCUGAUAGUCACUUUGGCAAUCAUUCUGCUCUUUCGAGUUGUCUGGGUUUUAGUUAGGAUCAGACAUACCGCCGAAGCAUGCAAGGUACCUCGCAAGAAACCUGCCAAGCUGAUGAUUGUGCUAGGAUCAGGCGGCCACACAUUCGAGAUGCUUAAGCUGGUGGAGAACAUAUCGACAACAUCGUACAGCCCUCGUGUCUACGUGACGGCCACAACGGAUCCAAUGAGCGCCGAUAAAGCCAAACAAUUAGAGAUGUGGAGAGUUGCAUCGUCGUCACAGGUGCUGCUUCUGAGAUUCCUCUCUUCUAAAAAGGACGCCAGCGACGGACCUGAGGCGGAAGAACCUUCCGACUAUGUUGUCGAGCGUAUUCCAAGGAGUCGAGAGUUGCACCAGUCCUGGCUGACUACGGUGCCAACAACAGUUUAUGCAAUUUUGGCAUCGGCACCCAUCCUUUUGCGCCAUUCGCCAGAUGUUAUUCUUUGCAAUGGCCCAGGAACAUGUGUGCCAAUUGUGUUGAUGUCGUUCUUGCUGGCUGUGCUGGGUACGAAGAGGACAAUGGUGGUGUUUGUGGAGAGCUUCUGCCGAGUCAAGACACUGUCAAUAUCGGGCCGUAUCCUGUACCACCUUGCAGACCACUUCGUGGUCCAGUGGCCUCAGCUCACAACCAAGUACCCUCGGGCUAGAUACCAUGGCCUGCUCAUCUAAGUGGGCAACCCACUGAUCUCUGUGCAACUCAUCUGGAUUGUGCAAGGCAUUCUUAACCUUUUGUGUGCCGGGCAUCUUGGGAGCUGUGCUGGUUUUCUCUCCUCUGGACUUAAAAUGCCAAUGUUAUGCUUGUGACACAGUGAGAGGCUUUAAUUGAAAUGAUUAGUGUGCCUUUUCCAACAGUACAAAGAGGUGAGUCAUCAUAUAGUACAUAGCUAUUGCUUUUUAUCUUUCCUGAGGUUAUCCGAGCAACAGGUACUUGUUGUUUUGACUAUGGUGAGCCACUUGUUCUUAAAUAUUCAUUAUUUCUGCUGUCACGUUACUGGAAACUCAUGAGACAUUUCUGAAGUUUCAUAUUUUUAGGAGCUCUAACUGUUUGCUAUGGCAUAUCCACCAUAUUAGAGAUCAGGAGGCUGCCUGAAGAAAAGAAUGAUUUCCUGGGCUUUCUUCUUUCUUUUUUUCAUAUCAAACAAUCAGGUACCUUUCGCUGGAACAAGUAGUGGCUAGAGAAUGCAGUCUGUCCAGUUUUCUUGCACUCAUACAAUGAGCGGCAGAGAGUAAACGUGAAACAAGAAAUGUGUUCACUCAGAUACUGCAGUGGGUGCAUGAAGGGGCUCACCUGAGCUUACUUUGAUGAAGGGCUUGAAGGUUUAAACAUGUCAAGCCAACAUCUGCCAAAUGUGAUGCGAGGCCGAAAAUAGGCCUCUGGAACUAUACAGUCUCCUUGAUCCUUGCAAGUCAUAGCUGGAACUAGGCACCUUGCAGUGCUCCCUUGUGCAUCCUGUCGGCAUGUCAUGAAAGUACUGCCAGAAGCUCUCUACCAUGGAGGAACGAAAUAGAGAGGGACAAACUCUUCAUUGGUGUCGUAUAAGUGGCAGGAAAUGUCAAAUAAAUGAAGUACCUGGAAUAAGUGCAAGAUUAAGUGGCAUGUAGUAGCACAAAUGCAAGCAUCUAGUGCUUACAUUGCCAUGAGCAUGAAAAAAAUUAAACACCAGAAGCACAGUAAAAGUGCUUGUGCAUUUAGAUUAGGUUUUCUUUGAUGCUGGAGUGUUUCUUACAGUUGAACAUUGAAAUGCCGAUGAAUCGUGAGAUUGCUCUUUAUUGACACCCUUGAGGAACAAGAUCUGUGCUCUUAUGACUGAACCAAAGGAGGGAAACAUGCUAGCUGCUGCAGUAACCAUAACCGACCUUUCAGCUACCAGAUAAUGCCAGCGUCUGGCAGGCUACAUGUGUUUAGCAGCAUCUGUGAUGCCAUCCGGCCGCCCUGGAAGGGGCCUUUCCUUUCUGUGUGCAUCUAGCUUCAUUUAAAGAAAUGAGCUUUGUGUACGCUUGUUUAAUGUACAGUCUCUGUGUUGUGCCUCUGUAACCAUCAGAGUGGUAUUGCCUUGCACAGUUCAGAUGAGUAUCUAUGGCAUAGAUAUUACUGGAUUCCUCACUAAUAGCCUGGAUUCUUCAGGUUCAUGGCUGUGCAUUGUGUUUGGAGCCAUUUGGCUGUGCGUUAAGGAGGUUCACCAUCAUUGGCUGAAAACAUACGAUGUUAACAUUGCCUUUUGUUUCGCGAUACAUUUUUUGGGCUGCCAACAGUGUUUUAAAGGUCAUUGCAUAAUAAGUGGAGGCAUUGUUUGUUUUGUGGUGUUCCUAGGUUUGCAGCCCAAAGCUUGCUUCUAUUGGGAGUGGGGGGGUGGUGAUUUGCUAGUACACAUAUGAGGUAAAAACAAUACAAAUAUUAAAUAAAAGCCAGCAUGACUGUAUAAUGAAAGUACCGCAACAAUGUUUUUGCUAACAUAUGGUCUGUUCACUAAUGCGUGUUGUGUGCUGGGGCUUUGUGUGUUGUAAAGAAACAAGCUACUAACCUUACUUGUAACUUGUGGAAACAGGAUCAAAGUAUAAGUAGCGAUAAAGUUGCAGUUCUACGAAAUGGGUGAUCUGCUGUCCUUCUUAUGGUUGUUGACCAUGUUUCUGUGCUAUCACCAUUCAGCAUGUUUGGCUGCUAGACUGUCAAAGAACAAUUUGCUUGCACACAAUUUCUCACAGUGAACUAGGAGUACGGGCUUUGUAUGCAUUGCUGAAAGAAAGUAAUGUAGUACUGGCCUUUUCAUUCAGAAACAAGUUUCUGAGUAGAGUCAAGAAAGACACUGCAUGCUUUCUCAGCAUCAAAUCAGCUAAGUGACACUGGUCAAGUUGCAUUAAGUAGAAUUAGCAGGAUGUUCUUGCAGAAGGAUGUUCCGUUUGUGUAAAGUCAUCAUAUUCUGGCACUUCAGUGCAUGGUCAGUCAUUGCCCCUGAUUUUAAAGAUUUUAUACUGACAAAGUUUCAGACUGAAAUUUAAAAAGAGAGAGAGAGAGAGAGCUGACAGUGGUCAUGCGUUUGAGUAUGAUGUUCUGAACAGGAAUAAUUGACACUGAAAUUAUCAAGCUUACCAUAGUGGCGUGCAUGUCGUGCGCAGGCUCUUGCAAGAUGUUGCUGUCAACACAAUGAUGAAGUUGGUUUGGUGUUGUGAAUGUGCGAGUUAAUUACAGUUCACAUUUUAGGGCAACCAGAAAUUGUAUUUGCAUGCAAUAUCCUGAUUGUGGCUUCUUAUAUUUCGUUGUGUGUAUGCUCUUGUGUGGUAGCUUGUCUGGAUCAAGGCAGAUGAAAAACUUGAUCAAAAAGAAAAGGAAAAUCACAGCCAUGAACCUGGAUAGAGGCUCCAGAGUAUUUUUGCUGUAGUGUGCCCAAAGCCCAUGGCAAGCAUGUGUCCAUUGUUGCCAAUGGGGACAUUGGAAUUCACCCUUUGAUAGAAUGUGCGGACGACUGUGGUGUCACACAUGUAGCUAAGCAAACUUGAUGCAGGCUCUUUUGUUCAGUGCCUCUGGGUUGCUGCUGGUUCAAUAGCCCAAGGCAAGCACAAGGUGUGCCACACAGGUAGCUAGCUGCAGGUUGCAUUUAAAUUGAGACACCAUGACACCCAAGGCACUGCACCACAUAGUUGUCUGCAGUGGCUAAUACAUAGAUUGGAAGGCAAUGUUCUAGCUGAAGUCCCCAAACGACUUCUAGUACCACUGGUAUGUCUAGGAGUGUUGCCUGCAGUGCAGCUCUUUUUUAAUUUCUGUGUUCUCCUUUUUUACACAGGGUUUUCUACUACGAGGUUACUACUACUAGGCAGAAUCUGAGCAGUCAGUAUGCUCGAAUGUUCAAUUCUUUGAUUUUUUUCAAUUUUUUUUUCACACCUUUUUACUCUCCUCCAAGAAUGAGAGGUUCUUUUCCCGCAGCCCCCACUGCACCGAGCGGGCCCUUGGUGCAGCGUGGAUGGAUGCGAUGAAUGCUUGAGAAACAUUUAGAUGGGAGAUAUGUACCCAUUCAGAAAUCGCUUACAAAAGAAAGGGAUUAUAUAUUUUGAGGAAAAGAAUGCUAGUCGUGAGAACAGCUGGGAUUCAUAAACUGCAAGAACAUAAUGCAUCUAGGACAUCUCACUCAGGUUUUAUUGUUGACCUCUUUCUUUUUUAAUCCCCUUGAAGGUAACAAGCAACAUAUCCUGCUUUUCAGGAGUACCCUGAUCUGUUGUAAGUCCAGUAAAAGAUGAUAUGCGAAACUUUUCUAGUUUUGAGUCACAUAUUAAAGCGACUCUAAAGGCAAAUAUUAAGUCAAGCUGAAGUGAUAGAUUAAUGCUCGAGAAUGUCGAAGGCACCAAUAUUAUUGCAAACAAUGAUUUAGUAAUAGAAAAAUUGAGGUAAAUGCCGGACACGAUUUGAGACUUGCCAGGGAAAUUCAAGCACAAGCCCAAUGACAAAGGCACUCCUCAUUAUAAUUUUGUCACUAGUACUCAACCACUUGUAAUAAAAACAACAUUGCAUUGCAUUAUAAGACUGAAUAAAAUGCUACUUGUCCAGUUCUGUUUGAUAUUUAGAAAAAAGAACUGAUUGAUGUUACCCUUGACAAUGACAAGGGUGGUCGAAAGGUUUAACUUUCACUCGACUCUGCGCUGUUUGCGUUUCAGUAGUUUCGUUAUCACUUCGUCUCAAAAAACAUGUACAAACUGCAAGUAGCAGAGAAUUCCAUGUCCAUGUGAUGUUGCGGGAUGUCAGAACGGUUCACGCCACGUGACCAAGAGCAGCUGCAGCAGCGCAUUCAACGCUCUGUCUUGGCUCAGUUUCUCCAUGGCCAUGCAUUUACAUUUUUGCACAAAAAAACCUAGUGCCAUCUGUUUGGCAUCCGUUUUAUUCACCAACGGCAGUAAAGGACAGUGAUGUUCGACGUCACCACUCCCUGCUUGCGGACGGAGGAUUUGAAUUGCGCUAAACGUAUGCAGACCCUUCAGAUGCGAUUUUUUCUUAAACUAAGCCUCUUGGCAAGAAACAAGUGCUGCAACGUUUUUGGAGUGGUGUUUUAACAAUCCACAUUGACUUAAUAUUUGCCUUUAGUGUCCCUUUAAGGAAUGGCGACUGCUCCUGUAUUUAUUUUCAUUCUCGGGACUUGGUUUCUAACCUUUAGUCUCUAGUACAAAGUCGGGCAUGUGCAAAUAUGCCUUGUCUGUGGCUGGCCCAUGGACUAGGCAUUAUGCAUUUAAGAGUGCUUCGUGCCCAUUUUGCAAGUUGUGGCACUUCUUGAGACAUCUGCCUUUAUAUUUCCUCCCUGGUAGCUGCAUUCACAUGCUUCCCACAUGCAAUUUAUUGACAGUAUUGUCAUCACAAGCGCUUUGAGUCAAACUGAAUUUCUUGUGACAUGUGUGCCGAAAACCUGGGCAGUCCAGGAAAAAGUGAUGUCUGUUAUCAAAGCUGUUUGACAAGCUUCUUUUCAAUAGCUUGACAAGUGCAGCAAAAGCAAGUAACGCACAGCCUAAGAAAUGCUAAGCGUUUUGAAAAGCUUGUGAAACUUCUGUGAACUGACGUAAGAAAUUGGCUAUGAAGUGUUCGCACAGUGCAUCUUUUAUUGUUUAUUCAAAGUUUGCAAUCCUGGAUUUUUGAGAUCUCCAGAAUAAACUCAUAACACCA